CUAUGGCUUUUGGGAAAGAGUAGGGUUGCAGUGUCUGUAUGAAUGCAAAUGAGUUGGGACAAGAAUAUUUCAGAGGAAAGUGAGAUUGGGGCAGAGCAUGGCCAUGGCUUAAGAAUAGAAUAAGAUGGGAGGUCGGGUCCAAUCCCAUGCUUUGGUCCGAGUACUACUAACUGUCCCCAUUCCCCAUUUGCGCUUUCUUCCUCUUCUUCUUCUGAUGUUCCCUCCCGUCGGUCUUCGAAGACUCUGCCUUUUUUUUCCUCCUUUUGCUUUUACUCCAUUUGUGAAAUUUCCGAGUAAAAAGAUGUUGACAGUGGAGAGAGAGGGAGAAAGAGAAUGGCAGAGCAGAGUGCGCUCUGUUUCAGAAAGACAGGGAGGAAAAAAUAAAUGCACAGUAAACUGACAAAGAAACAAGGAAUUGAAUUUAUAAUUUUCUAUAUUUUGAAUAUAUAUUCUUUAUUAUUAGGGUGCUACUUGCUAGCUUGAGCUUCACAUUCCCCCUUCGAGGUUUUCACUUCCAUUAUUUCUUUCUUUUGUAGAGAGAGAGAGAGUGAGAUGAGAUCAAUAAUGACAAUUUUGGAUUCAGCAUAAUGGGGAGGGAAUUGCUUCUUUUGUUUUAUUCAGGUGAGGAAGGAGGAUGAUGGUAAUGCUGUGAGAACAAGCAGUUGUGGGUUUUCUCUUCUUUCCGCCAUGGCCAUGGGAGGCAAUGGCUGCAGCUGCCGCUGCUCUUCUUCUUCCUGCUCCUGCUCCUGCUCCUGCUCUCUCUUCUAUUAACCCUGUAGUGAGUUCAGUUCUGAUCUUUCUUCCGCUUUGUCUUGUUGCAGUGAUUUCAAUUCUGCUCGCUUUUACUUGUUUCCCAUCUCUUCCUUCUGGUUCCUUCGCCGUUUCUUUUCUCUCCCUGUUUUAUGUGCAUUGCUGUUCUUUCCACCUCUGUUUGUUUGCUGGGAAAUUUUUGGUGGGUGAGUAGGAAACUGAUGGGAAUUCUAUGGUGGGUUUUUUCUUGCAAUUCUGGGAAUUCAAUCACCCAGCAGAAUGGAUCUGUUUUUCCUCUUUUGGGGGUGAGAUUUUGUUUGUUUCCAUUUGCUGCAUUGUUUGAUUUCUGGCCAAGGAAAGCCUCAAGCUUUUAGAUCUGGGUUUUCCCGUUUCACUCCAUUUGGAUUGAAGAUCUAAAUCUGUCAUCUUCCUGUCCUGUCUUUUGCUCCUUUUGAUCUCCAAAUACAAGCUGGAUUUACAUACCGCUAUGAGAGGCAACUUACAUGAACUUGUUAACAAUAAAUUGUUUCAUUUUAGUUUUCUUCCCAACAUAUUGGCAUUCUAAUUACGUCAACUCCUAGAGGGUAGGAAGAUGAAUCAACAUUUGUUUUAUCUGGAGUGCCUUAGUUGACUCUAUCUGUAACCUUCUCCUUCACUUCCAGGGACAUGUCAACUGUCCUUUGAUUAGAAUAUAUAGCCUUUCCCUUCACACCAUGAACUGUCCGGCGCUGGCCAGCUACUUUUUAAAUCCCUAACGUGCUGACCAAUGAUCAAUUUGUGGAAUUGAUAGGCGAGUCCUAGAAUUCAAGUCAUCUUUGCUUCAAAGGCUAAUUGUAUGUUCUUGCUGUAUGUCUAUGCAGAUUGUAAUCCAGCUAUUAGUUUCGAUGUUCGAAUUAUCUUUAAAGAAGAUGAAACUCGGGUCAAAGAAAGGAGUGUGGAAAGCAAUGAUGCCCAUCCGGCUGAGAAGUAAAUCAGCCACACGUUUCUGCGUGUUUCCUAAGUCUAGAACAACGCCUAGCUAUGGUCAGGGCAAAUCACCGGUCUAUCUCAAUGUAUACGAUUUGACACCGAUGAAUGGUUACGUCUAUUGGGCUGGUCUUGGCAUCUUCCAUUCCGGUGUUGAAGUGCACGGGGUGGAGUAUGCGUUCGGAGCUCAUGACUACCCCACGAGUGGCGUAUUCGAGGUUGAGCCUAGGCAGUGUCCAGGGUUCAAGUUCAGGAGGUCGAUAUUGGUUGGUACCACGUCUUUAGACCCAAUGCAGGUUCGAGAAUUCAUGGAACAGCACGCAGCGAGCUACCAUGGGGAUACCUAUCACUUGAUUGUCAAGAACUGCAAUCAUUUCUGCAAGGAUGUUUGUUACAAGCUCACGGGCAGGCCUAUCCCCAAAUGGGUCAACCGGCUGGCACAAAUAGGUUCGGUCUGCAACUGCGUGCUUCCCGAGUCUCUGAAGAUAAACGCAGUGACCCAUGACCCGAAUGGUGAGCUACCAUAUGAUAGCGAGAAGAGAAGGCUGAGAAGUGCAUUCAGUUGCUUGUCUUCCAUCUCUAUGCGGCAGAGGCAGCUGUCGACUUCAUCGUUGAUUCUCCAGUCACCGUUGAGAGGCUGCCUGCCAUGGGAGUUCAAGAGGUCCGUCAGCACUUCACUGAAGGAGAGAUGAUAUGAGAACGAUCUUUAACUGAUGGGAUGAUGAAAUGGUGGGUUUCUUUCCUGUGGUACUGCUUGGUUGCAUAACCCCCCAUUGAAGGUGGUAAUGGUGGAGAAUUAGGGCAGUAUAAAUUGGUGUACUUUGGGUUGAGCCAUCAGAUUGAUUUCAUUGUCUCGAGCAAAGACAUCAAUUUUUGUUUGACUAGGAAGGUGAUAGGGAACCCAGUAGUGGUCUACAUUCUUCCAGAGUUGAAAUUGUAUUUGUCAAGGCUGGCUGGCUGGCUGUAAUCUAUAUGAAUGAUUCAGCUUGUACAUAGAACUCGGUAGAGAAUAACUCUGGCUGCCUGGAAGCCGGGUUUGAGAUUGGGAGCUUAUUUCCUUCUCCAAUGUUUCUUUCCCAAUGAUGGAUGGCUCUUGAUAUUCUGAUAAUUAUGUUGAUUGAAGAGCAUCGUGUGACGAAAACUGAGGUGGGGAGACAGGGUUCCGAUGGCGAAACUCUGGACAGAGACGAGACGUUAACCCUCCGACGGUGUUCUGAUCAAAGUUUGCAGAACCAGUGCUGUGUGACAAUUGCUUGAUGCGAAACGAGAUUAAUGCUCGUAUGAAGCAAUUGCUUGAUGCGAAAUGAGAUUAAUGCUCGUCUGAAAAUUGCUAUUUCAAGCUUGUGAAAAUUGGCAAAUCUAGUCAAUAACAACUGCGAAGUCAAAUAUAUCAUUUAAUAGAAUUGUACUAUAAAU